AUGGCGUCUCUCUUCUUUUCCACCCCGGUCGAUAUCGACGUCGUCCUAGAUGAUCUCGAUGACCGCCAGACAGUCGACGCCAAGCUCGACAAGGGCCGCCGCGAGCGGGUUCCCCUGUACAUGGAUGGGGAGUCCGUCAAGGGUGCCGUGACGAUCAGACCCAAGGAUGGCAAGCGAUUGGAGCAUACAGGAAUCAAGGUGCAAUUCAUUGGCACAAUUGAGAUGUUCUACGACCGAGGCAACCACUAUGAAUUUCUAUCGCUGGUUCAGGAGCUUGCAGCACCAGGCGAGCUGCUCCACCCUCAAACCUUUCCCUUCAACUUCAAGAACGUCGAGAAGCAAUACGAAUCCUACAAUGGUAUCAAUGUGAAGCUGCGCUACUUCGUACGGGUGACCGUCUCACGGCGCAUGGCGGACGUCGUUCGGGAGAAGGACCUUUGGGUGUACUCCUACCGCAUGCCGCCAGAGACCAACAGCGCGAUUAAGAUGGAUGUCGGAAUUGAAGACUGCCUUCAUAUCGAAUUCGAAUACUCCAAAUCCAAGUACCACCUCAAGGACGUGAUCGUCGGUCGCAUCUUCUUCUUGCUCGUGCGACUUAAGAUUAAGCAUAUGGAACUGUCUAUCAUUCGUCGGGAGACUACCGGCUCCCCGCCCAAUCAAUAUAACGAGAGCGAAACUCUUGUUCGCUUCGAGAUCAUGGACGGCUCGCCAUCUCGGGGUGAACAAAUUCCCAUUCGUCUAUUCCUCGGUGGAUUUGACUUGACCCCGACUUUCCGCGACGUAAACAAGAAAUACUCGACGAGAUAUUACCUCAGCCUGGUGCUGAUUGAUGAAGAUGCUCGCCGUUACUUCAAACAAUCCGAGAUCGCCCUCUACCGUCAAGCACCCGAGAUUGCCGCGACCCCACAAAUCGCACAGCAGCAGGCUAUACAACAACAGGUCCUCCUCCAGCAACAGCAGGCUGUCCUGCCGCCAGGAUCUGCCACCGCUGGCCCAGGACGUGAGGUGACAAAUGCCAAUGCGCGGCAGCAACAACAGCAACAGAGUAGUCCCCCGCCAGCCUCGGCGCCGGUGGCAUGA